AGGGAGUGAACAGCCUUUUAAUGAGGGAUGGUAAUUAUUGCUUUGUAGCCACGCCAUGCCCUGGGCAACCAUACCGUGCCACGGGCAACCAUACCAUGCGGUGGGCAUCUGUCCCGUGCCACGGCGUGGGCUCACUGGGGAGCAAUGGGAUGUGAGUCGGAUGAGACUCGUGUUUCUACUCCCACGGAGGAGAGGGGCUGUGAGUAGCUGCCCCACGCUCUGCAGAUGUUCCUGAGCCCCUUCCCAUGCCCGGUUCUCUUCUCCCGGCAAAGCCUCCUGCCGGUAAAGGGGCCCGUGCAAGCACCGCAGCCCGAGUGUUUCGACUGCAAGCGACAAUCGUGCUUUUGUUUUGCCUGGCAGGGAGGGGGGCAGGCGGGAAUUCGGCUGCCCAGAAAGCUGCCAGGAACUCUUUUAUGCCACAAUUAAGCACCUGCUACAAGAGAGCAAAUAAGCCAAAUCAUGCGGCUGGCAAACAAGCUUUACGUGUUCCUUCCCCGUGACCCACUCCAAGAAGAAAAAAGCUGAAAGCUGCAGCUCGCCUGCUCGCAGCUCCCGUUGCAGGGGAAUAAAUAGCUUUGCCGUGAAGCCCAGAGCUUCGCCGCUGGCUCACGGUGCUGGUGUGGGCACAGAGGCAGCACCGGGAGCUGCCUAUGCCCAGCUCGAAAGCCAAAGGGCUCCCCCCUCCCCAAAAUAAGAGCCUCCAUCUCCUUCUACUAUGGAGAGAGAGAUCCCCGUCCUGCGAGUUAGGUCCCAAUUAAUGGAUUCUGACAUGGAUUAUGAGAGGCCAAACGUAGAAACUAUCAAGUGCGUCGUGGUCGGGGACAACGCGGUGGGUAAGACCCGGCUCAUCUGUGCCCGCGCCUGCAACGCCACGCUGACCCAGUACCAGCUCCUCGCCACCCACGUGCCCACGGUGUGGGCCAUCGACCAGUACCGCGUCUGCCAGGAGGUGCUGGAGCGCUCCCGGGAUGUGGUAGAUGAUGUUAGCGUGUCCUUGCGGCUCUGGGACACCUUUGGUGACCACCAUAAGGACAGGCGCUUCGCCUAUGGCAGGUCCGACGUCGUGGUUCUGUGCUUCUCCAUCGCUAACCCCAACUCCCUGCACCACGUGAAGACCAUGUGGUACCCGGAGAUCAAGCACUUCUGUCCCCGCGCGCCCGUCAUCCUGGUGGGCUGCCAGCUUGACCUGCGCUACGCCGACCUGGAGGCCGUCAACCGGGCACGGCGCCCCUUGGCCAGGCCAAUCAAACCUAACGAGAUCCUUCCCCCGGAGAAGGGGAGGGAGGUGGCCAAGGAGCUGGGGAUCCCCUAUUACGAGACGAGCGUGGUGGCCCAGUUUGGCAUCAAGGACGUCUUCGACAACGCCAUCCGCGCCGCCCUCAUCUCCCGCCGUCACCUGCAGUUUUGGAAAUCCCACCUCCGCAACGUCCAGCGGCCCCUGCUCCAAGCCCCCUUCCUGCCCCCCAAGCCCCCUCCACCCAUCAUCAUCGUCCCGGACCCCCCUUCCAACAACGAGGAGCGCCCAGCCCACCUCUUGGAGGACCCUCUGUGCGCGGACGUCAUCCUGGUGCUGCAAGAGAAGAUCAAAAUCUACGCACACAAGAUCUACCUCUCCACCUCCUCCUCCAAAUUUUACGACCUGUUCCUCAUGGACCUGAGCGAGGGGGACCAGCAGAGCGCCGUGGGGCACGGCUUUGGCGGGGCGGCCGUCACCGCGGCUGCCGAGCGGAUGCUGCACCAAGAGGAGAGGCACCACGGGCGGGAUUUUCUCCUCCGAGCCGCGAGUUUUGAUAUCUGUGAGAGCACCGAGGAGAACGGAUCCGGCCAGCGCAAACCGUGCCUUAGAGCCUCCACCAGUGACGGGAUCCUGCGGGGCAACCGCUACGAGAACGGGGAGCACGGGCUGCGGCGGGGACGGGACCUCUCCUCUUGGAGCCGGGCGUUCACCAGCAUCCAGGAGGAGAUGGCAGAAGAUCCGCUGACCUACAAGUCCAAGCUGAUGGUGGUGGUGAAGAUGGAUGCUUCCAUCCAGCCAGGACCUUUCCGGGCCGUGCUGAAGUACCUGUACACCGGGGAGCUGGAUGAGAACGAGCGGGACCUCAUGCACAUCGCUCACAUCGCGGAGCUGCUGGAGGUGUUCGACCUGCGCAUGAUGGUGGCCAACAUCCUCAACAAUGAGGCGUUCAUGAACCAGGAGAUCACCAAAGCCUUCCAUGUCCGGAGGACCAACCGGGUGAAGGAAUGCCUGGCCAAGGGGACUUUCUCGGAUGUCACCUUCGUGCUGGAUGACGGUGCUAUCAGUGCCCACAAGCCCCUGCUCAUCUCCAGCUGCGACUGGAUGGCCGCGAUGUUCGGCGGCCCCUUUGUGGAGAGCUCCACCAACGAGGUGGCACUUCCUUACACCAGCAAGAGCUGCAUGCGGGCGGUGCUGGAGUAUCUGUACACCGGACAGUUCAGCUCCAGCCCCGACCUGGACGACAUGAAGCUCAUCAUCCUUGCCAACCGCCUCUGCCUGCCGCACCUGGUGGCUCUCACCGAGCAGUACACGGUCACCGGUCUGAUGGAGGCGGCGCAGAUGAUGGUUGACAUUGAUGGGGACGUGCUCGUGUUCCUGGAGCUGGCUCAGUUCCACUGCGCCUACCAGUUGGCCGACUGGUGCCUCCACCACAUCUGCACCAACUACAACAACGUCUGCCGCAAGUUCCCCAGGGACAUGAAGGCCAUGUCGGGAGAGAACCAGGAAUACUUCGAGAAGCAUCGCUGGCCGCCGGUGUGGUACCUGAAGGAGGAGGAUCACUACCAGCGGGCCAAGAAGGAGCGGGAGAAGGAAGACUACCUCCACCUCAAACGGCAGCCCAAGAAGCGGUGGCUGUUCUGGAACGCCUCCUCCUCCCCUUCCUCCUCGCCUUCAUCGUCGGCAGCCACAGCCUCCUCUUCCUCCUCCUCGUCCUCCUCCUCAGCUGUGGUUUGAGAGCCCGUCCUUGGCUCCAGCAUCCCUGGGAGGAGACGGGGAGGAGGAGGAGGAGGAAGGGCGGGAUGACCUGUCCAGCCGCAGAGCGGAUGCCACCGCCCGAAGCCCCAGAGGACACGGUGGUCGCAGGGACCUGUCCCCGCAGAGGGACGCGUCCCCCGAGCCCUGCAGAGCCCGAGCAGCAGGAGAAACUCAUGUUUACAGGAGCACGAGGGCUGUGUUGUGCUUUCAUUUUCAGCUUUUGUUUGGGACAUCAGCAGCAUGAGGAAGAAGAAGAAACCCAUCCCACUUCCAUUCUAAUUUGUAACCAGAAGCUGCACAAUAUGGUUUGUUUGUUGUUUUUUUUUAUCCAAUGGCAUCUUGCCACCCUGGGCAGCCGGAGCCGCUGUGGGGGUCUUGUCACCCCCUUCAACUUGCAGGGGACCCUGGUCCCCAAAUGCCACCAGGCACUGCAGCAUCCCUCCUUCUGCUCACAAGUGGGGUCUCCCCUAAUUGGGGGAGCAGGAGGGGACAGGAGCUCGCUCCUUCCCCCCUCUAAACUUUUCACCUUGUUUUUUUUUAAAAAAAAGAAAGAAAACUUAAUGCAAAAAAAACCCAGAAGAACCCCAAAUCCACCCCCACUCCCAACCUGCCACCCCAGAAACCAACCCCAGGCCCCUGGCUUGGGAUUUUAGCCUGGAAGGCUCCACUGUAAUAAAUGGUUAUUUUAAAAGCCCAGCGUGGUCCCUGUGUGUUUGGGAGGACACGGGGCCGCCUUGUGCCCGACUUGGGGUGACACCUGCACCCCCCUGCCAUGGACAGGGACAGAGGAGACGCACCGCAGGAUCCAACCAUCAAAAACAACGGUACAGAGACGUGGCUUUGCCAUCGGAUUAACUUUGCACGUCCCACCCGCGUCCUUGUAGGUGCAUGAACCCAGGAGACAGCACCGUGGCCACAGGGGCUUUGUGGGACCCAAACCUCAGCUCCGGGAAGGGGAAAAAGCUCCUUUGAGCCCACCCCUGGCCAAGAGGCUGCUGCUGGAGUGAGCACGGAGGGCUGAUCCAGGCAGGGAUGCUCCCAGCAGUGUCUCCUCCCGCUCCGCAUCACUCCUCUUCCCAGUACCGCACCCGAGAGUCACUGCUUUCACACGCUCAUCCCCGGAUGCAGGAGCGAGGUGGCAGCUCCAGCGAGCUUACACACGGUGUUCUCACACUUUGCAGCACCAGCAAGCAGGUAGGACGAUGAGUUUCUUUCCCUUUUGAAUAAUCUCAUUUGCCUUCCUCAGGCCAGGACUCCAACUCUCCGUGUCCCGGCGCUAAAUCCUGCGUGUGCCGGGCUCGGUGGGAGCUCCCUGCCCGGGUUUGCAUGUUUGGGAGGCAAAACGGGCUGCCCAGGAUGGGACCUGGGGCACGAAUCCUCCCGGCUGGUCACCAAGCACUUACCCCACACCCUGAGAAAUGACCUGCGUUAUGGAUAAACCCCAUGCAGCGCAAAGGCUGGCAGGCAGCUCCAAAGGGGGUUUUUGGGGCAAGCAGAGCCCUUGUCUCACUAAACAUCACAUGGAUUUGCAACGUGACUAUUGCAACACACAGAGCGGGGGCAUCGCGGUCCCCCCGGCAGCAUCAGCUUCGUCAUGGGGUCGGCAGCAUCGCUUGAUUGAAUUUCAGCCUCAGACUUUUACAGGCGAUUCGUGAGCACAGGACUCAGCACAGGGGAAAAGGCAGAGCCCAGGUUGGGCUUGUUCCCCGCAGCAGCAUCGCUGGGGGGACCGUUCCCGGCGGGAUGCUGGGGUGACACAGCGCUGAUGCCACGCGGAGCAGCUGCUGAGCAUCUGGUCCAGCUCCUUCCGUGCCCAAAACCUACAAGAGGCCGUGGCAGAACAAACAAACAAGAUGAGAAAUCAGGAGGCUUUUUUAAAAAAAGUUUAUUCUUCCUUCGUAAAGAGAAAUGUAAAAACUGGCUGGCCCAGAGCUCUGUAUAAAAAACACACAACCAUGCAUAAUAAAAAACCAAACACUACUAUUUUUAUAUUAGGUUUUAAGUUAAUAUAUGUACACGUUUACAGUUACUAAAUAAAUACAUAAAUACAAA